AAACUUUGAAGUAACUAGUGGCAACAAUAAUCGGCAGCCAUGGCCCAGGAAUUGAAAGAACUUUGUGAAUUACUCUUUCCGGAUUCUUCAUCAGAAACUCCAGAGUAUUUUGGAGACAUAGCGGACUAUAUAAAGAAAUUGGGCAGUCAGAACUGGGAAUACGUCCGCAAAGAGCCAGAAAAAUUAACAGAGGAAAUGAAACAAUUAACAGAACAAACUCAAGACCUGGCGUUCACCAAUUACAAGACCUUUGUAGAAACAGCUGAGAUUUCGCGAACUAUCAGAAGCGACCUAGGCAAAUCCAAAGAUUCUUUAGAAACUUUUUUAAAUACGACACCAGAUUUUAUACAGGAAUGUGAGAAGUUUUCUCAAAUGGCUGGCAACAUAGUUAAAGAGAAAAGCCGCUACAGUUCCAUACGCAACCAAAGUGACAAAUUACUGGAACUUCUAGAAUUACCCUCAUUAAUGAGAGAAGCUCUUAAUGCAGAGGACUACGAAAGUGCUCUAGACAUCUUCACUUUUGUUCGCAAUCUCUCUAAGAGAUAUUCUGAAAUACCUAUAGUUCAGAAUACAACGAAUGAAAUUAUGACUCUCUGGUUUGAAACGCUGUAUCAUCUAUUCAACCAACUUCGAUAUGACUUGCCACUGCCUCAAUGCUUACAGGUAACAGAAAUUGAGGUUUAA